GGGUGUAGUGACAUGAUGAUAGUGAUAGAAGCCGUACUUACAUCAUUAUUGAUCACUGUCACUUGAAAUUUGCAGUACAAAUACAGUUACAGUCUUAGGUUAUAAUAUUUAAUUAUAACACUACAAAUAAGAUAGAGAGACCACUUGCCUACUGGAUGGCCUCACAAGUAGACGCUAAUAGCUACAUAUGAGGCGCCAUGACAUGACAUGCACAUGACAGCGAGAACUACAAGUAGAUUAACUACGAGAUAGAAGAGUACAACUAGUUUCUUUUUCAACAUCUUACCUUCUGUACUCCUCUAAUAGUAUUUCUAAAUUUGUAGUCUAGUAACUGUAACUAGCUCACUCAUAUUUUUGCGUAGAAUCAAGAACAAGAUCUUCACGAGGAAGUAACAAGAUCUUCAAGAUGUGGCCAGGUCCUGAGCAGCCUCGGAUGGAUUAUCGCUAUAACCAUGUGAGGCAAUUCGAAUUUUCUGACUCACCGCCUGAACGUGCUGGACCUGCUCGUAGUGGUCAUCGUGGAGAGGAUGCUCGUCUUGGUCAGCACUUAAAUGAAGAUCGCUUGCAGCAGCAGGUAGAGCGUCAACCUCGUACUUAUCAUGGGGGUGGACCACGACGAGGCUCGUCUCGUGGUCGACGAGAGGGACUCCCGGCGUCUAGUCUUCUGCGUGACACGAAAUCUUCCAGUCUUCAUGCACAACGAUUUGCAUCCGCUUCACAAUAUCCGCGUGCCGAUCUUCAUCUUGGUCGUGGUCCCCGAGAAGAGCAAGAGGCGGCCUUACUCGCACGAUAUCAUGCGCAACAACAUGAUCGCUUCUCGAGCCGCGAAACCAGGGAGCGAGAGCGUAGUGGUAGAGGCUCAUCGCCAUCGCUCAAUGCCGACUUGGGAGAGAAGAAUUAUGGUACAGAUUCGAGUACAUUAGAGGACAUCAAGAUCAACAAUCAUUAUUAUUGUUUCUUGAAGAAGUAGUUUUUUGAAUAAUUCUUGAAGUAGUUUUUCAGUAAUCAAGAAAACUGCUUGUUUUUUUAGAUGCGGAUUCUAAUUUCAUCCUCUCCUUGCUGCUGAGGAAAAUGGUAGUAAGCAGGGGCCGCGAGGGGGAGGUGGACCGCUAGUUCCUCCCGGUUACGUACUCCUUCCCAACGGCUUGCUGACGAAGGCGAGUGGCGCUUCUGUAUUUCUAUCUUAUCUGUGAUUUGCAUCUGUUGUUCUCCUUCUUCUAAGUAUGAAGAUUUCAUGAUCGAUGCUAUUGCUAACCUUGUUCUAAGUAAAAUCUUCAACUUGUUCAUUAAGUAAAUGAGUAAAACUACUAGGUGCAGCUUUUAACUAACCUUAUCCACCUUAUAAUUCGCUUUCUUCAAGAACCACAACCAACUAGGUGUCCUCAUCAUGUACCAUGUCACAAGAACCACCUCGAUGUUCCUCCACGACCACAACUUUUUAGAUGCUGGCAGGAGACCGCGGAGCAAUGUCGUCAGGAAUGCGAUCGCGAUCGCGAUCUUUAAAGCGCUCAACUGAAGAAAAGGUGACAACUGUAGAAUUGGAUAAACUACGUAGCAUGUUGCGCGACCACUAUGGGGAAAUAAACCGAGAUGGGGGUCGCCUGGAAGCUUUAUUGGGUAGUUCUGGAAGUAGCAGGGGCCCUGGAGGAAGAGCGACCUCUUUUGCUCCUCAUCGUAGUGGUCGUGUGCUUGAUCAUGAGCUCCAACAACUUUUACGAGGUGCAGGGGAUGAAGUUUCAGCGAGACGGCGAAGAAAAGAUCAUGACCUCCUGCAACGGGAUGCGACCACUUUCCCUCCUUCUUCCACUAUAGGAUCUAGUUGUACUACUUUUCCGGCUAAUACGCGAGGGAUGUCCGUACAACCAGCAUUGCAACGUGGAGGUGUGCUGGACCAUUUUGAUGCUCAGAAUGAGGGUAGAUUGUUAUACAGCGAAAGAAGUGCUGUCAAUCAACGUGGACGGCGCGAUGUGAUGAUCGAUCAGCGUUUUGACGUUAAGCACCACGUCGGCAUUGAAAGGUCUGAGUCUGAUGUCCACCGAGGUGGUACUACCGGAGGUAAAAAUAUCUCCCCCUCGAGCACAGACGCACGCGCACCGGGAAUUAUCUAUAAUCCUAAUUCUUCUAGCACGAGGAGCUCUCCCAUCAGCAGAAGACCUGUCGAUCGAAUUGUGCAGGAAGACCGGGAUCGUCCUCGAGAUUUGACCAGAGGACUCGAUCCGACUAAAGCCGCUCUGUUCGCGAGAGAACAACUACUCGAAGCACAGCACCUAAGAACAGCUGCAACUUCUUCUGCUACUACAGGUACUACAGGGAGUAGAACAAUUGGGGUCUCCACUACACAAGAUCAAGAGCCACUGAUGAGUAAGAGACAGCCGCCUGGCCGAAGACGCCAGCAAUCAACUACAUCGCAGAACGAUGGUGCUGCUCAGAAACAAGAUGCAAAAACUUCGACAUCAGCACUAAACGCCUUGCUUCGCGAGCAAGCUGACGAUGUUCGUCUCCGACAUGAGGCUAAUGCCAACGAGGCGAAACAAGCACAGCCAGAGCGUCGUGGCGCGCCAGAGGCCCCUGCAAAUUCGCAAUUAGAGCCGUCCUUAAAACGUCGAGCACGCAACGAAAUCCACGUCCCUCUUCUAUCUGAAGGUGUGGUAGAAGACGGUUGUAUCGUUAAUUAUAAGAUGAAGAACAAACUACAAGUUCUUCAAGAUCGUCUUCAACAAAUAGUACCUGUUCAUCUUGAUCAAGAAAAUGAUGGGACGACGAGUAGUGGAGGGACACAUAAAUCGAACUUGAAGCGAAACCGUGUUUACAACACAUCAAACACGAACACGUCUUCUACUAGUGACACAACAACUGGUACUCCAAAUUUGCCUUCUCCCUCAUGCACAUCCAUGAUUUUGGAUCAUGAUGCGACUUCUAGUAGGAGUAGUCCGAACCUGCUCGAUGAAGGAGCACCACGACCGAGGAGUACAACAAGGCCGAGGAGCACGGUGUUGACCAAGAAGAGAAUGAAGAAAGUGAAUAAUCGAUCUCCGACGUCAUCUGUGGACGAUCAUGUAGUCCUCGAGAUGUCAAAAAAUUCCACGUCAGGCACUUGUAAAAAGCCAACCUCCACCACGGGAGGAUCGAUGAAACCGCCUGCUGCGAUUAUAUCUUCAGCAACUUCAACGAGAGUGUCUUCUACUUCCUUAAUCUCAAGAAACAAAAACUACACCGACAUCCAUAGACGAGGUCCCAUGUCAGGAGUAGUUCGACCAAGGCCAUCGCCGCGACGUGGAAUCGGCAUAACAAAAGCAACCCUGAAGGGCUGCACCUCAUCCUCUGCUUCGUCCUCUGAUGAAGGUUAUGCUUUUGUCCUGCAGUCCUUUUUUUUGAGUCUAAUGUAUGACAUGAUACCCCGAAACUUAACGAAGCUCCUGAAAGUGCGCAGGUACUAGAACUUUUGAUCCAAGCCUUCGUUCAGAAGCUGUAAAGUUAAUUCUUGUCCAAAACAGGAGUAUCCUGCACGACUAGCUUGUUCUUGACGAGAAACUACUUCAUACUAGUAAUACGCAUCGCUCUAAUCAUAGGAUUCCGAAAGCGAUGGAAAGCCUCGACCGUAUACAUACAAAGGCAAAGGAAAGAAAGGGAAUCUCCCGACAAAGCAGCCGCCUGCAGAUCAUGAUGGUGCGAAAUCUACUGCCGACGCUGUUCCUGGUACCAAAGAAAGCACGCCCACAGCAGGAGCAAAAGCAAGCGACGCACCCUCAAGAAUCGACCCUGAGGACCGAAAUGCUGGUGCCCAAACGCGUGUACUGGCGCAAAAUGAGCGUGGUUCCGAGUUGCACAGCGUGGACCAAGACAAGAAAAGUGACGAUCAGCAGAACAAGAUGGUCGUGGGUUCGCCCAAUGCAAAAGAGAAAGAGACUGACUCUGCUUGUUCUCACGCGAGGAUGAUGAAUGCGCGUACUGGUUGUACACCAAAGAGUACAAACAAAAAUUUGAAGCUUGAAGAUAUGCAAGAAAUUACCUCCACAGAAGUAGUAUCUGCGCAAAAAGAAAGCAGCAUGAUGUUGAAUACCGCGUCUCCGAAGGACGAGGAAAAGCACCAGGAGGACGUUGAAAACAACAAGGACGUUGUUUUUAAGGCUACAAGAAAUCUCCCAUCUUCACAGCCAUCUUGGUCCCGUUUUUAAAAGGAAAACGAGCAGACCCAAGAUGCCGCUCAAGAUGGACUUCUCUUAGUUCUAAUGUUUCCCCCCUAGACGAGGGAAAAAACAGACCUCGUCGUCGUCGGACAUCGAGUGAAGAUGAUGGAAAUUCGGAAGACGAGGACCAAGCUCAAAAGUGGGAGGACUUGUUGUCGGCUCCUAGCGUUCCAGGCCCACGAAAAUCAAAAAAUCCAGCAUCUGGAGUAGUUGAUGUUCCAACUGCUCGUAUGAUUGAACCUUGUUCUAGCACGACGGCAAGCAUAAACACGGCGCCGUCGACCACAAUAAAAUCGUGGGGACGACCACAUCAAAUUCAAAUAAGUCGUGCCGCUGCAACAUCGCAGCCGGGAUCUAGUAGUGGAGGUCAAGUAUCAUGUAGUAUUAAGAGUCUGUUAACGGUGCUUUUCUUGCCGCUUUUUAUGCCUCUCCUAAGGGAGAAAGGCAUGAAAAGCGGGGUAAGCGAGCACCAAAAACCUACCUCUAAUAGUACUAUAGCUGCCUCGUCCAGUGCUGGUGUUGAAAUGGGGAGACUUCCUGAAGAC